AUGAGUGCGCAAGUUGCAACCACUUUAGAGGCUGUCUAUCGGCAUUUGAGAAAGUCUACGUCUUCAGUUUUGCGGCACCUUGUCGCCGGCGUCGCCGUCUCUUCGAAGCCUAGCAAACCCAAUAUCAUUCUCAUCUUGACUGAUGACCAGGAUGUCCACAUGCAAUCGAUGGACUAUAUGCAACUGCUCAAAAAGUACAUGGUAGACAAAGGGACUUCGUAUCAGCGCCACUACUGUCAGUACAACUGCACUCGAGUCAGCAUCAUGACUGGACAGUUGGCGCACAUCCCCAAUGUCACAGAUAUGAUCCCACCCUAUGGUGAGCACUCUACUAAAUUCGCUUCAUAUAUGUAUAUUUCCAUUGUUCUCUCAAACUGGAAAAUGAUCAAUUCUGCUCUAAUAUUUGGUAAAGGCGGCUAUCCUAAGUUCAUGAGUCAGGGGCUGAACGAUGAUUACCUACCCGUCUGGCUACGGGAUAACGGCUACUACACUUACUACACCGGAAAGUUAUUCAAUGCACACACUACAGAUAACUAUGACAAACCUCAUGCAGCCGGAUGGACUUCAUCAGACUUCUUGCUUGAUCCAUUUACGUAUAGCUACUGGAAUGCUACGUGGCAGAAAGACUUCGAGACCUUAAGUCAGCGAGGUCAAACUCUGUCAGGUUCUCUAUGUGUGCCAAAGGAUAUAUUGUUGCAGCCGAAGCACCUCAGAAUCCUCUGGUUUAUCAGGCUGCUGAUUGGAGUGCAAUGA